GUUAAAUGCACGAAAAUUUAUUUUUCUGACAUCGAUUCCAAUGAGGAAUCAUCUGAGAUUUUCCACAGGAUUUAUCCUAAGAGAUCAAAAAAAUGCUCAGAAUGAAUCAGAAAGAAUGAAGAAGUUUCACAAGAAACUGGAGUUGGAAAUGCCUGUUGACGAUCUCCUCCUAAUCGAAGUUGAUCCAAAGAGCGGUGAAUACGUUCCCGAAUCUGAGAAGAAUCCAACAAAAUGGGGAGAUUGGCAGAUCGGUGGUCGGGUUAGUGAUUUUUGAAAUCCCCAAAAACUUCUCCUCAAUACUUGUCAAUGUGGCUUCCAUUUUUUUGUUAUAAGAUAUAAAAUCGUUUAUCCCAAAGUACAAAGGAAAUUAUAACAAUCUUAAUUCAUUUCUCUUUUAAUCUACAAAAUAAUACCAAUCAUUUUUUCUUAAAUUUGUUACAUUAGUGUCAAUACUGGAAUUAGACCUUUCGUUAUUGAUGAAAUUUAUGUUCACGAACAGCAAACGACGAUAAUAGUUUGGAAAAUAAGAGAUUAAUCCUCAAAAAUCCUUAAGCUUGAAAAAAAAAAACAGAAAAAAUAUCAUUUUUACCUAAGAACAAUAGAAAUUCCACAUCGACUUAAUUUACUACAAAAAAAUGGUGUAAUGAAUCAAAUGAGAAUUAAGA